AUGCGUCUUUCGAAUUCCUUAUCGAUACUCUCGCUGUUACUCACAUCCUCCCUCGCCGAAUUACUCCCACGUACCUACGAAACCCAUGACUUCUUCGCCCUCCACUUAGAUGAUUCUCUAACGCCGGAAUAUGUCGCGGACGUUCUAGGAGCCCGUCAUGAAGGACAGAUUGGCAGUCUACCGGGGCAUCACAAAUUCUCCAUAACUCAAGAUCAGUCGUCCGCCGUUGAAUCGUUGUUGGAAGAUCUGCGCGGGUGGCGGAAAUUGAAUAAGCGUUCGAAUAUAUAUGACAAGCGCGGAGAUGGGCUGGAUGGUGUCCUCUGGUCGCAGAAGCUGGCUCUGAAGGAGCGUUUACAUAAAAGAGCCCCCGUUGAGCUGGCCGCGAGAGUCGGAACGCCAGUGGCGGCAGCCGUGGAGGCGCGGAAGCGCCUUGAGUCAGACCUGGCUAUCAAAGAUCCCGAAUUUGAGAAACAAUGGCAUCUGUUCAAUACAGUAGAAGUCGGACAUGAUUUGAAUGUCACCGGAUUAUGGCUGGAGGGCAUCACUGGAGCAGGAGUGGUUACAGCGAUUGUGGACGAUGGCUUGGAUCUGUACAGUGAAGACUUGAAGGAUAACUAUUUUGCCGAAGGCUCCUGGGAUUUCAACGAAAACUACCAAGACCCGAAGCCAUUGCUACGCGAGGACAAACACGGUACUAGGUGCGCCGGUGAGGUGGCAGCGGUCCGAAACGGCGUUUGUGGUGUUGGCAUGGCUUACGACAGCAAAGUCGCAGGUAUUCGAAUCCUUGGAAAGCCCAUUGAUGAUGCAGAUGAGGCUGCAUCCAUUAACUACGGUUUCCAAAGGAAUGAUAUCUACUCUUGUUCCUGGGGUCCUCGUGACGACGGUGAAACCAUGGAAGCUCCCGGCAUACUGGUUAAGCGUGCAAUGGUGAAUGGUGUCGUACAAGGACGCGGCGGGAAAGGCUCGAUUUUUGUCUUUGCUGCAGGUAACGGUGGCGGUUCUGAGGAUAACUGCAAUUUCGAUGGUUAUACAAACAGUAUCUACAGUGUCACUGUGGGCGCCAUUGACUGGCAAGGAAACCAUCCAACUUAUUCCGAAGCCUGCUCCGCGCAGUUGGUUGUUGCUUAUAGCAGCGGCGGUGGUAAAAAUAUCCAUACUACUGAUGUGGGUCUCGCUAGCUGUAGCGCUGGCCACGGUGGUACAUCGGCAGCCGGUCCUCUUGCAGCCGCAGCUAUCGCGCUUGCAUUGAGCGUGAGGCCUGAAUUGACUUGGCGAGACGUGCAGUAUCUCUUGCUCGAAACUUCGGUGCCAAUUCAAGCAGACGGCGAUGAGUUGCAAAUGACACCAAUGGGCAAGGCAUUUAGUCAUCAAUAUGGUUACGGAAAGGUGGACGCCUAUAGUUUCGUCCAUAAGGCUAAAACUUGGGAUCUUGUGAAGCCGCAGGCUUGGUACACUACACCUUGGUUGAGAGUGGAAAAGGAUGUUCCCCAAGGAGAUCAAGGCUUGGCUAGCUACUUUGAAGUGACUUCGGAUAUGCUGAAAGCUGCCAACCUUGAGCAGAUUGAACAUGUCACUGUCACUAUGAACGUCAAUCACACGCGCAGAGGCGAUUUGAGUGUUGAGCUGCGUGGUCCGCAGGGCAUUGUCAGCCAUCUCAGUGUUCCUAGGAGUAAGGACGCCACACAAGCUGGGUAUGAAGAUUGGACAUUUAUGUCUGUCGCACAUUGGGGCGAAACUGGCGAAGGAGUCUGGACCGUAGUGGUCAAAGAUACCGUUGUGAACGAUAAUACUGGGGUAUUCACCGACUGGCGCAUGACCCUCUGGGGGGUUUCUAUCGAUGCUGCUAUCCAAAAGCCCCACCCUCUUCCUGAUGAGCACGACGAUGAUCAUAAUAUUGAAGAUGCUGUCUACGCAACUGUCAGCAUUAAACCACAUACGCAGGCCACUCCCGCACCAACUGCCACCGACCACGCCGAACGGCCCACAAAGCCCACCAAUGUGGAAUCCGCUCCUACUGCCACACCCGGAGUCGCUACUCCUGUUGAUGAGGAGCUAUCAACAGAACCAACUACCGGUUCCGACACCGCACAGCCGACUGCGUCCACAUCUCCUGGAUUCUUACCGUCGUUCUUGCCUACUUUUGGAGCAACCCCUCAUACCCAAGUCUGGAUCUACGCUUCCAUCGCCCUCAUCCUCAUUUUCUGCCUAGCUCUAGGCAUAUACUUUUAUGUCCAACGCCGCAACCGACUCCGUACCAACCCUCACGACGACUACGAGUUUGAGCUUGUCGACGAUGAAGACGAUGCCGAGGUGCCGCUGGCUGGGCGACGUGGACGCAAACGACGAGGUGGUGAAUUGUAUAAUGCGUUUGCCGAGGAGAGCGACGAUGAGCUUCUCAGCGGAGAAGAUGAGGAUGAAGGUCCUUUCCGAGAUCAAUACAAGGAAAAGGACGGUGAACAUUAG